AUGCCUUCGUCGUUCUACAUUCCUAUUCUCCUUGCGGGGAUGAUCAUUACGGGGUCAAGUAAUUCGUUAUGGAGCAAAUGGCAGGACAUGCAAUGUGUUGAGAAUUGUAGCGACCCUAACCCAGGAAACCAUGUUCUGUACGAGCAGCCUGUAUGGCAAACGUUGCAGAUGUUCCUCGGCGAAAUGCUUUGCUUUCUUCCUGUCAUUUAUACGUGGCUCCGUGCACGAAAGACCACUGCUCCCGUCUUUCUCGAAGAAGAUGAACAUCCUCCCGCUAAAAUAGAGGACACCUUUGAGGAGCUACGAGGUUCCAAACUUCUUCUUUUAUGGUUGCCCGCUGCUUGCGAUCUUACCGGAACAACGCUUAUGAAUGUCGGUCUCCUCUAUACCCCCGUUUCCAUUUAUCAGAUGACACGUGGAGCCCUCGUCCUUUUCGUCGGCACCCUUAGCGUUAUCUUCUUACACCGUCGUUUAUGGCUUUAUCAAUGGGUCUCUCUCUUGACAGUCAUGGCCGGCAUAUCUCUCGUAGGAUACAGCGGUUCGCUUAUCAAAGAUGUCGUCCACUCCACCUUGCGUCUGUCGGGUAACGACCCUUCAGACGAACCUGAAGUCACAAAGGUCCUCGUUGGUCAGAUAUCCUUUCCUAUUGCUUUUUAUGGCAGUUUAUACUCAUUGUUCAAAGGCGUCUUCUUCAUUCUCUUUGCCCAGGUGUUUACGGCAACACAGUUUGUUGUCGAAGAGAAGAUCAUGGCUCGUUACUCCGUAGCACCUUUGGUUGCUGUGGGCUACGAGGGUUUAUUCGGCGCUCUCACCAUCGUCAUGUGCAUGCCCAUUCUGGCUAUGCCGUCAAUCGCUUCUAGCUCGCCUUUCUUCGACCUUCCUAGGGGUUGGUACCAAAUGGUGAACACGCCUAGUGUCCUUCGGUCAGGGAUCGCCAUCGCGAUUAGUAUCUCAUUGUUUAAUUACUUCGGCUUGAGUGUCACCAGGCAUGUAAGCGCCACAGCGAGGAGUUUGACCGACACCUGCAGAACACUCUCAAUUUGGCUAGUCAGCCUUGGACUAGGCUGGGAGAAGCUUCUUUUCCCCAUUUCAUUGCUCCAAGUACUCGGAUUCUCUUUCCUGGUGUAUGGCACGUUCCUUUUCAAUGGUCUGGUCAACCCUCCCUCUUUCCUCAACCCGCCCUUGGUCCUAGAGGAGACGGUAGGUGGUGAAGCUGAAGAAGGGGAGGCCUUGCUUUCAUCACAGCAUUUGGACGAUACUGCUGCUCUGCCUGUUGACCUUGGUCAAAGUGGUUAUGAUGUUUUGCCGAAUGAUGUCAGAGUUCAUGCACAAGGUGUCUCGUCAGCUGAAGAUUGA